AUGUCCAGCAAAUAUUUCGACCAAAACCCUGCGUCCUGGAGUGUCCUUGAUUUCUUAAAUAAAUGCGAACUAGAGCCGUUUCAGCUGAAAAUAGAUAAUUACAUAAAAUGCCUCAAAACAAUCGUUGACAACGAACAAGGUGACAGGAAGAAUAGUGCACAAAUGUUACUUGAUAGAUAUAGAGAGGCGAGUAAAUAUUUUUUUACUGAGAUAAGUGGGAAAAGUGGCGUGACGGAGACCUAUUCGGCUUCCGACAUGCCAAGCCACGAACUGGGUUCUCAACCAGACCGUCAAAAGGCCAAAGGGUGGGAGGAAAAGCGCUUGCGUGGUCAGACCCACAUUCACCAGUCAAUCAAUGGGAAUGGAAAUAUAGUUGGGAAUAUUAACAAAAGAAACGCGGAGACAUCAUCAAGUUCACCAUCCUUAGAGAUUCCAAUCGUAAGGCCUAGCACCCCGGAACAUCAAAUUUAUUCCACAUCUGUAAAUCAAGAAUUAAUCAAACAGCUAAAUCAAGAAAAAAAGAAAGUUAAAUCGAUAUUGUAA